UCGAACCGAAGUCAGUCACAAACCGAUUUCGACGUCGUACGAUCUUGUUAUUUGAUGUUAUUUCAUCAAUAAUUAAUAAAAUAACCUUCGUAUUAACUUCUAAGUGUUUUUAGUGUAACUAUUUACAGUUUAAGUGCGAACCUGAGACAAAUAUCAGUGUAAUACGCGAGUGUACACAGUGAUAACUGGAACGUUAUAAAAAACAGUAAAUUUUGCUGUUUUCCAAGUGCUUUUACGUGUUUUUGUGGAUUAUCUUCCGUUAUAGGAGUUAACGGAGCAUAUCAUACCUUUACUGCAGCGGUCUUUGUGUAUAAAAAGUUUCUUUAUUAUAUUUUUAACCUAUUCGUAACUUCUUAGAGGUAACAUUACUUUUUUUUUUUAAUUGGAGAUAAAUUAACAUCAGUGAUUUGGACAAACCAGUGAUACAAAUAGAACUUGUCAAAAAACCCAGUGAAAAUGUGUUUCCUAAAAAUGUCUUCAACACUAACAGACAGUAUUGACAAGUGACAGCUGUCAAAAUGACGGAAAGGAGAAGGAAGAAGACGAGAAAUUUUAUUAAUAACUUUAGGACUAUAUAGCGGUUAAAUAAUUAAUUAAAUUUCAAAAAUAUCUGAUCUCAUCUGUGCUCAAUUUUAAGUUACUACAAUGAUUUCGCUGAAGAAGCUGUAUGGAGAUGAGUUGCUUCGGCUGGCCUUGGUCCUUAGCCUUCUCAAGGUGGACCCCAAUGAUUACUUAGAACGGGAGACCCAGCAGAUGUUAGCUGGGCUCCACAUAUCCAACGGAUCCGACUGGUCUCUAGAACAAGAAGCAAGAACGCUCAUAAGACCAAGAUUCGUCCACCCAAAGUCGCUAGACAACAUCCUAAUUAACUACGAAAGACAAUUAUUCGAAGAACUAAACUCCCUCGGUCGAUAUGGUAAUUCAGAUUUAGAAUAUAAUGACCGGAUAUGGAACAACAGAGCUCCAAUACUUCAUACAUAUUUAGUAAAUAAUGUAGCUACGGACACAGUAGCGCCCGCGCUCGCUGCGGCGACGGUCGCUGAAAAUGCUGACCAGGACUCUGUCUCCGCUGACGAGAAUGUAGCUCAAGAAGUCAAAGUUUCCGAUGAAGAAGAAGAAACGACUCAGAAUGAGGUGCAGGAACACCCAGAUGCAAUCGUCACUCUAUCACCAGGUCAUAACAGAACUCAGGAAGACAUUUUCGCUGAAAUAGCAUCACGGUCUUUUGACGUCAACGAGCUACUAGUACACCCUUCAGAAAUGCAGAUUAAGCAAGAAGAACCGGACUAUGAAGUCCGAGUAAAGCAAGAAGAAGAUGAUGAUCUUUACAGCGAUAAUGCUAUAGAUUUCAUGCCGUAUUUCAAUCCUAAGAAUGAAAUGGAUUUGGGAGAUACCAAUUCAGUAUUUCAACAAAACAUGGCGGAUCUCCAAGAGUUUGGGGAGAUUGAUGAAGCCAAAGAAUUGAAGAAUGAUUUAGAGUACCUGGAUGUUAAACAGCAGCAAGAAAACUUGGAGCAAUACUUAAUGGAGAAUACUCCAUUAGAUUCUGAAGUGUACGAACUAGCUCCGAUGUUCGAAGAGGAAUUGGUUCUUAAUGUGAAGAGAGAACGGGCCAGUACCAGUUUUACAGCUAGUUCGAGUGGUGUCAGUGAUAUGGAAGCUUCCAGUGAUGGAGUGGACGUGAAGAUUGAGCCUGAUGAAGGCCAUCAUACUGGGGAUGAACUGACUCAGGAGGAUAUGGACCUGAUCGAAGUACUAUGGAAGCAGGACGUGGAUAUGGGCUUCUCCUUGGAGGAUCCUGUGCAGCCGGAGGGUCCAACCGCUACCAAGGUGCUUGGAGACGAGAUUGAGAAGGAGCUGAAGUUGGCAGAAGAGAAGAUCGUCAAGAAGAAUGAGGAGAAGGCGGAAAUUGAGAAGGUCAAGGCUUCUCUUCUGGAUCCUGAGAUUAAGGAGGAUGAUCCCUGGGCCGGACUCUCUUACACCGUGGAUACUGAAACUGGUGAAUACGUGAUCCAGGGCGAUCUUCCUCGGGAGCUGGUGAGCAGUGAGGAGUCUAGGUUCGACCUGCUAGAGGAAGCUCUAGGCCUGGUCGAGCUCGGAGACGAGGCUGAUACGAAGAAUGAACCGCCUGAGGCGAUAGAAGGCAGCAGCAGCGGCACCGGCUCCGAGAUGCUGCACCCAGCCAUGCGGCACGUGCCGCAUCAUCCUCUUGCGCAUUACCAUAACCAGUCGUUGAUGCGCUCCAUGUCGGUGGAGCAACGCUGGCAGGACCUGGCGUCUCUGCUGACAAUACCGCCCCCACCGCCCCCGGAGCAGUACCAGCACUACCAUCCCCACCAUCACCAGCACCACGCGCACAACAUCUCUAGCCACGGCGCGGCGGCUGGCUAUGGACCGAACUACCACGCUUCGAUACCGCCCGUCCCUGAGAAACACCCUGAGGCCUACGGUGGCGCAGCGGCUCCACUGGAGGGUGCUUACAAGGUGGAGGCGGCUCAGCAUCCGCAACAGCACGAUCCACUCUACUAUCAGAAUGCUUCCGCGGAGAUGACUGGGCCGACGAACCAGGACGGGUUUCUCCAGUCUAUCCUGAACGAUGAAGACCUGCAGCUCAUGGAUAUGGCUAUGAACGAAGGGAUGUACACAAUGCGAAUGCUGGACGGUGCCGGUCCUCACCACGCGCCUCACCACACCCACUCUCAUAUGAUGAUGACAGAGCGGGACUCUGCAUCUGACAGUGCAGUAUCUUCUAUGGGAUCUGAACGAGUACCUUCUCUGUCUGAUGGUGAAUGGUGUGAUGGAAGCGAUUCUGCCCAGGAGUUUCACAGCUCGAAAUUCAGGCCGUAUGAUAGCUCAUUCGGAAGAGAGCGGUCGAAUCCUCAUCAGCCACAGAAGAAGCACCAUAUGUUUGGCAAACGUUGCUUUCAGGAGCAGCCGGCUCCAACCUUGGACCCUGUUGGCAGACCGAGCGUUGUGAAGUAUGAAUGCCCUGAGCAGACAUACCAUCAUGAAAAUAUGCACAUGCACAAUGUAGAGUUCGCCCCCCGGCCGCAGUUAGCGCCACCGCACGUGACCAACCUGCACGCUCCCGCCCUGGAUCUGAAUACCGCACACUCGAGCCAUGCUUUACUACAGAGUAACAUCCCAAGUCCGGCACCGCCACGCUUCGCGUACGCCACACCCGAGCGCGUGCGACACAACCACACCUACAGCGCUCCGCUCGCCAACGACCAGCGGCCCGCCGCUGUCAGGGACAAACGGGUGCGGCGGCUAACAGAUGGAAGUAUGUCGGACGGAGGAUCGUCGGCCACCAGUAGCGGCCAGCACUUGUCGAGAGACGAGAAACGCGCUAAAGCAUUAGUUACUGCAGGCAUACCUCUGGAGGUGCAAGACAUAAUCAACCUCCCAAUGGACGAAUUUAACGAGCGUCUCUCCAAGCACGACCUCAGCGAGGCACAGCUGUCCUUGAUCAGGGACAUCAGAAGACGCGGGAAGAAUAAGGUGGCAGCUCAAAACUGCCGCAAACGCAAGCUAGACCAGAUCACUUCUCUAGCAGACGAGGUCCGCACAGUGCGGGACCGCAAGCAGCGCACACAGAGAGACCACUCCAACCUGCUCGCCGAGCGACAGCGAGUCAAGGAGCGCUUCGCGGCGCUAUAUCGACAUGUGUUUCAGAAUCUACGCGACCCUGAAGGCAGGCCGCUCUCUUCGCAGCAGUACUCGCUGCAGCAGGCCGCUGACGGCAACGUGGUGCUGGUACCCAAGAUGCCUCAGCACCAAGAUCAUCCGAUGAACCGCACUUCAGACGACGACAUGGACAGGAAAGCUAAAAGCUACGACCAGUGACAUACCGCCUACUACAACCAGUUCCCGAGAUGGUAACACACAUACAAACACACAGACUCGAGACCAUGCAAUAAAUUUGUAAUAUAGUUAUAUGCAGCACUACUAAAGUAAUAGUAAAAAAGGAUGAUAUGUCAUUUUGGUUCCGUUUUUGAUAUGUCAUGAUAUUUGUCAAAUGUCAAAAUAUCAAUGUCUGUUUUUGAUUUCUUCUCUUGUCACAAAAAACUAUAAUUUCGCAAUAAAAUAAAUAUCAAGUCUUUCGAAGCGUGAUGUUUUGAUAUUUGACAAAUAUCACUAAAAAUCUUUUGUUGGUUUGAAUUUUUAAAAAAUGUAUAUUAAACUUUUAAGUAAAAGGAUUCAAGCAUUUUGUAAAAUAUUAAUAGUGUCAGUGUGUAUUGUAUAAAAAAUAAGAAUUGUCACAAUAUUUGAAAUAUUUACACUCAACAAUUUUGACUUUUGAUCAAAUUUUGACUUUCCACUCUCAGUAAUACAGUUGUCAAUUAUAUCUUUGGCAAUCGUUACGGGUAGUCAGAAGCCAGUAAGUCUGACACCAGUCUAACCAAGGAGUAUUGGGUUGCCCGGGUAACUGGGUUGAGGAGAUCAGAUAGGCAGUCGCUCCUUGUAAAACACUGGUGCUCAGCUGCAUCCGGUUAGACUGGAAGCCGACCCCGACAUAGUUGGGAAAAGGCUCGAGAGAUGAUGUUUAGAAUUGAUCAAAAGUAAUUUUGUAAAGUGUUAUAUCUAGAACACAACUUUAGCCUUGUCUAAAAAAUGUCCUAGGAAUUACCAACUGCUUUAUACAGCUUUUUUACUAAAAGGCUAGACAUUUUUGAGUUUUUUUUUUUCAAAAAAAAAGGAACAUAAUAUGUUUGUGAUGCAAAAAAAAGAAUUCCAUUUUUUUUUAGUUCUCGAUUAGCGAAUUUUAAAUUGAGUUUUUGAGUAGCCGCACACUGCAAACUUUUAGUCGGCCGAUAGUCUGUUUGGGCUCGUUAAUCAGUAUGAAGAUGAAUGGUAGUGCGCACAUUACAAAGAUCAUAUUUAGCCGGUAUCAGACCGACUGAAAAGUUGGAUUGCAAUCAAGAUUUUCUUAAAAAAAAAAAUUGUAACUGUCGGUCGACUGUUUAGUUUGCACUGUGCGGGUUCUUAGUGUUUUUUGCAAAAAAAUCGAACAGAUGAGAAAUAACAUUUUUGAAAAUAUUGCAAGUAUGUAUCUCUUGUUGUAUAUUUGAUUCGUAGCAAAUUUUUCGUUUUCGAUUUAUAUAUUUUUUUGUAAAAAUCAUCGUAAAUUUUUCGAUUUAUAAAAAAAAAACUGUGUUUAUUUUUUUGGUUACCGACAAAAAUUUUGCAAAAAAAAAAACGAAAUACUUACCACAAACGACUGAUAUCAUAUAAACCAUAGAUUUUAAUGGAUAAAUAAAUAAAAAAAAAAACAAGAUGUCUAUGGCAUCGUUAAGUUGCAAUAAGUAAUAUUAGAAGUUUUUUUGUAAAAUAUUUUUUUUUCUCUUAAACUUAAGUAUGUUUAUUUAAUGUUAUUUUUUUAUAUUAGUUUCUAAGAUUUUAGGUAAAAUAUCAGCUGAAUUGAUUGAACAGACGCGAUAAAGUAAAUAUUAUAAAUAAUAUAGGUUAAGUUUUUUUUUAAUAGACAACCUCUUUUUAACUGGGUAAAAAAAAUAUGGAAAUUAUCUCAUUUUAGUAUAGAUACCGAUUUUUUUGUGCACUUGACAGCUGUCAGUUUUCUAGGGAAAAUACCGUUAUACUGACUGUCAAUUGCACCAAAAAACGGUAGGAGUGUAAAGGUUUUCGUCACUUAUAUAUGUUUUUUUCUACUUUUUUAAAAAGAGGUUGUACCUGAACAAUCUUUUUAAGCUGAUUAAUAAGUAGUUUUAAUGUAAAAUGUAUUUUUCUUUCAGUGCGAAAAAUAUAAAAAAUCUAAUAAAAUAAAAUUAUGAUAUUUGUCAGAAUUUUUGUCUAUUUUUUUCUCUUCCAUCUUUUUUUUCGAAAAAUCUGUCUUUUCCCCUCGUACUUAUUUUUUAUACUCUCCGUAUAAAAUAUACUUAAAAGUAAUAGUUACCAUAUAGGUAUAAUAUAUUACUAAGUUUCUAACGAGGUAUUAAAAACUCAAAAGUUUUUGAAAAAAUAACGUAAAUGAACGAAUAUUUUUAACAUAAAAUGAUUUUUCACGAAAAAUAUUUUUUUAAGAUUUUUUUCUAUUUUGACAGAUAUCAUAAUUAUUUUCUAUCUUGUGUACUGCCGUACAUAUUAUUUUGAAUACGAGUACAAAAAUCUUAAGAAAAAAAAAAAGGAAUUUUAACAUAACAGACUAAAAAAUCACUUUAUUUACCCGACUGUACAUAGAAUGUUGCUAUUUAAAAUAAUAUUUCAAAAAAGUACAUAACUGGUCACCCAUCAUUUUGUAAGCCUUCUCAUUUUGCUUAACAUUUUGUGUAUAGUCCAUUUAGUAUAAAAAAAAUGUAGUACUUUAAAAAGAGAUAUUUUUAAAACAUUCCUGGAACUAGUGUGCUGCAUUAUUUUAUCGAAAAUUACGGUUUUUCAAUAACCGGUAAAUAUACCAACGGUUUCUGAACGUCAGAAUUACUGGAGCCACGUUGAAUAAAUUUUUCAUAAAAUAAUGGCAUACAAAACAAACAAAUUUAAAUAUCUUUUUGAAAAUUAACUACGUGGUAACACUUUAGUGAUUAAUUUGUAUAUUUACAAAUCAUUUUUUUAGGGACAACGAUAUUUUACAUCUUAAUCAAUAUUAUUGAACAACUUUGGCUGUCGUUACGGGUAGUCAGAAGCCAGUGUCUGACAACCAACCUUACUUAGCGGUAUUGGGUUGGCCGGGUAACUGGGUUGAGGAGGUUAGAUAGGCAGUCGCUCCUUGUGGCACACUGGUACUCAGCUGCAUCCGGUUAGACUGCAACCAAUUUACUUAGGCAAAGGCUAGGCAGAUGAUGAAGAAUAUUUCACAUUCAAAUAUUAAACUACUCAGAAUUUAGUUACAAAUCGACAUUUAAAUUGUCAAUAACUACAUAAAUGUGACUUUAAUUCAAAUUGUUGUCUUUGAAAAGAACUAAAAAAUAACCAAAAUAAACACUGGUGCAUAUUUUUUUUAUAAAAAACCGUAGCGCAUAGAAAUAUCGCUUGUAAUAAAUAUUAAUAUUAGAUAAAAAACUAAAUUAAUUAAAACAUUAAAACAAUAUUUAUUCGAUUAAGGUGGUGUUGUAUUUAUAUUAUUAAGUUUAAAUUUAAAAAGAAAUGUUUAAUUUAAAAUUUCCUACGCCUUAGCAAUUAACGGCUAUUCCUAAUAUUCUAUAUAAAUUUUGACGGUAGCCACAUACAAGUAAUUUCAAAUUUCUAUCAAGCAAAACAAGAGAUAUAAUAUAGAAUAUGGGUACCGGUAAUUAGAGUCUUGAAGUAUUAUUUUUAAUGCUAAGGAGUACUUUUUAAAUUGAAUGUUUUAAUUUUUUUAUGGUCAUAGUGAUUUUAAUUUUUAAUAUACAUUUACACAGUGGUCAAUUUUGAGUUUGAAUUUCAAAAGUCAAAAUUUUAAAAAGUAAAAAAACUUGCCAAGAAAGUAUGAGAUGGUGUUCAAAAAAAUAUUUAUUCCAUUUUAAGUCUACUGUGUCUUACCUCGGGGUAUUGGAUUGCCCGGGCAACUGGGUUGAGGAGGUCAGAUAGGCAGUCGCUCCUUGUAAAACACUGGUACUCAGCUGCAUCCGCUUAGACUGGAAGCCAAGCCUACAUAAAUGGGAAAAGACCAGGCAGAUGAUGAUUUAAGACCACUGUGGUUAUAGAAAUUACUGAAAAUUCUUUGUUUAGCUUAAGUUAUUAGGCAAAGGGUAGAGCAUUUGUAACUUAAGUUUAUAAAUUACAUUUACCGAACUACACGCGAAUGGCUGUGGGUUAUUUUGUAAAAUCGCUGGUGAAAAUACUACUUGUUAUUAGUCAUAUUUGUUGUAAAAUCUUGCCGUUUGUUUGUACACUUUGUCCAAGCAAUGAUUUGAACAACUAUGACUGGGCAAAGUGAACAUUGUAUAACAUUUAUUUUACCAACUUUGAUUUUUGGCAGAGUUGGAACUUGGAAAUGACCUAAAUAUUUCAUCAGCUUUAACCAUUGUAUGUAUUUUGAAGAAAAAUAAAAUAAAUAUGACUAAAAA